UUGGUGUUUGGGGGGCCCUUCUCCUCUUAGGCACGCUUCAGCCCCUUAGGGAAACCUCGGCCGCCAUCUUGAUUGAUGGCAAACCGCAAAAACAGUGGAGAAAAAGAAAAAAAAGUGCAAGAAAGAGGGAGAGCGCAAGUUCUGAGAUCACGCCCUUUUCCUGCCCUUUCACGGCUGGAAACCCGGAUGUUGGGCUCUUCCGUGUGUGAGGCCGCUGCCAGUAGUAGGUCUAUCGCGGCCUGCCAUCCUCGUCGCUGAACGACGGUUAGCUGGCGACAGCGGAAUGGAACUGGAGACGGAGGCGUUGUUGCUGGAGGCUCGCGAGAGCAUCGAGGCGGCGCGUACCUAUCGCCGUGAGUUGCAACAGCGCCUGAAGGGGCUGCAUCUAGCCCGCCAGCAGAUCAAAGACAGUGCUGCGCUGACAAGGGAUGUGCUUGAACAGCAUUUUAAUGAUUUAAAAGGGACCUUGAGGAAGUUGCUGGAUGAGCGGCUAGUGUCCUUGCUGCAGGAAGUGGAUUCCAUAGAACAGGAAAGCAUCAAACCCUUGGAUGAGUGCCAGAAGCUAAUAGAACAUGGAGUUGGCACCGCUGAUGAACUCCUCCAGGAAGGAGAAAUGGUCAUCCAUGGUGUAACAGGGGCGGAUAGUGGCAAGCUUUGCAGUUUUACCAAAAAGGCGUUGCAUAUUCAGCUGGAUAGUUUGCCAGAAGUGCCGUCGUUGGUUGAUGUGCCUUGUUUAUCAGCUCAACUGGAUGACUCUCUCCUUACAAUAGUGAAAAGUCAGAUCUUUAACCAUGGAACAGUAGCAUCUCGACCACCAAUACAGAUAGAAGAGCUGAUUGAGAAGCCUGGAGGUAUCCUUGUGAAAUGGUGUAAGGUUGAUGACGACUUCAUACCACAAGACUACAGGCUUCAGUACUGCAAGAGUACGGCCAGUCACUUUGAAGAUGUGUAUGUCGGCUCAGACACAGAAUUCAUAGUACUUCAUAUUGAUCCCAAUGUCGAUUACCAGUUCAGGGUUUGUGCUCGAGGAGAUGGGCGUCAGGAAUGGAGCCCAUGGAGUGUUUCUCAGAUUGGUCGUUCUACAUUAGUGCCUCACGAAUGGGCAACUGGCUUUGAAGGCUACAGCUUGAGCAGCAGAAGAAACAUCGCACUUCGAAAUAAUUCGCAAGUGGGUGGGGUGCUGUACUCCAGGGCUCCAACCUACUAUUGUGGUCAGACAUUGACAUUCCGAAUUGAAACAGUUGGCCAGCCAGACAAAAAAGACAGUAUAGGAGUUUGUGUGGAGCAGCAGAACGGCUUUGAUUCUCUGCAGCGAGAUAAAGCAGUGUGUGUUGGCACAAAUGGUGCUGUUUUUGUAAAUGGAAAAGAGAUGACAAACCAGUUGCCUGCAGUUACUUCAGGAUCAGCUGUGACAUUUGACAUGGAAGCUGUGAAUUUAGGCCCUUCCAAUAAUAAUGAGGGGGGGAACUUCAAACUCAGAGUGACAAUUGGCUCCAACAACAGGGAAGUGGUCUUUGACUGGGUACUUGAUCAGUGCUGCGGUUCACUCUAUUUUGGGUGUUCGUUCUCCUAUCCAGGCUGGAAAGUGCUGGUGUUUUAACUUUUUUUUCACCUCUGAAGCAGUGAUUGUUUUAAAAUGUAUCAUUCUUCACAUGGUUGGACUCAGUGAUGCAAUCAUUUGCUAAUGCAGGCUUUUUUAUUACACUGAUGUGAGUCUGUGCCAGGAGUAAGCCUCUUAACACAACCUGUCUAUGUGAUAAAUAUUACUUGAACUCCUGUUCUCUUUACUGGAUGCAAUUUAAAAUACUGAAGCGUUUAGAGUAAUAUGGUAAAAUAAGUAGGCUUCAUUGUUGCUAUCAAAUGUGUAUUAUUUUUUGAGGGAGAAAAAAAUCCAGAGUUGAUGUUACUGUGCUCCUGUCUCUGUGUGGUUAUGCUUACUGAACAGCCCUAAUUUUGCCUAAUAGCUGUUCUUUUGGCUCAGGAUUAAUGGACCAAAGUUAUAGGCAUGCUAUCCUAUUCAUCAUAAUAUGGUACUGAAACUAUAGCUGGGCAUGCUGUCAGCAGAUGCUUUAUUUUUUGUCAGUUUACCCUAUUUACUGCUGCAGAAUAGAGAAGUCAAAGCUGAAACAUUUGUUUUAACAUGCAGUACCUCAGUCUUAUCUCUACCUAUGUGCCUUGGUUUAAUUGAACAGUAUUGAAUAGGAUGGAGAAUAAGCUUUCGAAGGUGGCCAUGCAGUGCCCAGUUAAGUGCCACUAAAUGACUGGCAUUUAAAUUGAGCUCCAUAUUUAAAUGAUGCUUUAUUACCUUUUGCUUCAGAAUCACUGUAGAAAGUCUCACAGGAAGUGCCUCUACCACGGUAACGGUGCGUGAUCACAAAAAAUUCUGCAGUAGGGGUUGCCAGCCUGUAGGCCAGAUCCAGCCCAUGAAGCCACUUCCAAUGGCCUGCAAGAUCAGGCAACCCUUCUUACCUUCGAAAAAGGUCUCUUCUCCCUCUGACAUAGCACUAUUGCAAGAAGGUCUUAAAGGCUCAGUAACUGGGAAGGAGCCCUUCUUCCUGUUCCCUGAGCUCUUUCUUGCAAGAAGGGACUUUUCCAAGGUAAAAAGGGUUUUCCAUCUCAUGGCAGCUGUGGGUUAGGAGGAAAGGAACCCACCCCUUCUGCCGAUCAGCCAACGGGAAGGGGCCGUCUGAGUGUUAUAUGGAUGGUGAACAUGUUGGCCACUUUUGGCAUGUGGUUUUUAGUGGGUUGAUCAACCCUCAGUGUGGCCCGUGGGCCAAAAAAAGUGAACCACCCCCAUUCUGUAGGGAUUUUCUCUAAGAAGGUUUCAUAUAACUUCUGAACAUUUCUGUGGGAAUCCACAGCUAUUGGCAGUCAAAAUUAACCCGAUUUCUACAUUGUUUCUUACCCAUGUGUGAGUUCAAAGAAUAACUUGGCAGUAACAUAGUGGGGUGAAGGUAGUGUAGUAUGUGAAUGAUGCUAAAGCAGAAAAAGGAACCUGUAAGUGCACCAUCCAUUAUGGAUUUUAAUAUUUUGCUGACUUAACAAAGUCAGUGCACAGACAGGAUAGUGAUAUUAAACAGGGAAUAACUGCUAUGUAGCACAUGUAUGCCGCUUAUGUAUCCAAGGCCUAAAUUACAGGGAGAUGUAACCCAUACAAGUGAAACACGUCAUUUUGAAGAGGGUUUCACUUCUUGUUUAAAAUAUAGUCCAAAUCAUGAGUGCCCCUUCUCACAAUGGGUACCCCUGCCCAUCCCAGUUUUUGUAGUAGUUAUGCUGCACCAGAAAGGUCUCAUUAACUAUUACUUUUUAGCCAGGUCUUGUCCUAAACGGUAGUUGUUCUUCACCAGCAAGACUCUGUUUACCACACCAUCCUGUGGGGAUUAGCAAGGUAAGAAGUUGCUGAUUAAGAACAAGAAAGCACCUUGCUAUAUAUCCCGGCUGUCUUCAUGCUGCACUGAUGCUGAGAGCUCCAGUGCUGGCAUAGGACAUCCAGACACCCCUAAAUUGGGGCACAAGGGGAUGGCUUACCUCUUCUCUGAAAAAGCCCAUUGCUGCACCACAUAAGGGCAUCUUUCCUGAAGCCUGAAACAGCAAUAAUGGUAGCUUCUUUGGUUCAAGAAGUAUAACUUGGUACUCUGGACACAAUCCUGUAGCUCAGGAGUAGGGAACCUCUGGCUCUCCAGAUAUUGGUGAACCACAGCUUCCAUCUGCUCUAGCAAGCAAGGACUGAUGGGAGUUGUAGUCCAGCAGUAUCUGAAGAGUCACAGGUUUCUUCCCACACCCCUUGGUCUCAAGCUGUUCAGUAGAAAGCUGGGGUUUUGUUGUGGCCUUUGGAUUUGCUUGAGCCACAUAAAACCAUUUUUUUCCCUUUGAAAUUGAGCCGUUUACCAAAAUAUUCUUUUGCACUUGGACAAUAAGCUUACCUUAGUCUUUUCAUAUUAACACUGGUGGAGAAUUAGAGGCUUCUUCCUAAAAGAAGGCCCCAGGCUGUGGUCUGAAGGCACAUGAGCCAGCACCCUGUUGAAGCUAAGCAGGGUCAGGUCUGGUCAGUGCCUGGAUGGGAGACCGCCUGGGAACCAUAUGUAAGCCGCCUUGGGUUUCUAUCAUGAAAAGAAAGGCGGGGUAUAAAUGUAAUAAAUAAAUAAAAGUUCUAACCAAAUACCAGUGGGUUUUCUGUGUUGCUGUUGAUCUUUGCAAAUACGUACUUGAAAUAGAGAGUAAAACAAGUAUAUAAAAUGUUAUGUUAAUUGCCACUGUCAUGCCAGAAUUUACUCUUCGUUUCUCCCCCCCCCCCCCCGCAAAACUGCUUGUGUAUGUUCCUUAAUGGUCCACAGGUGUUGGAGAAGGAGAAAUCCUGUUGUAUGAGCAGGCAGACUCUAGAUGCCACCCUAAUGUUACAUAGGGGCCAAUUCACAUUCAGCUCUGGAGGGUGGGAAUGUUAGAUAAAUGAACCAGCACUUGUAAAUGUAUCUUUGAGUAAAAGGAUACCCUGCCCAAUUAUCUGGCUGCCCUCCCUCAAUGGCAGGCACAGAGAACCUGUGGUCUUCCAGAUGUUGUUGGACUACAGUUCCCAUUAUUCCAGACCAUUGGCUAUGCUGGAAGGGGGUUGAUGGGAACUGGAGUCAAACAACACCACAUGUGUAAAGUACAUGGUUCAUAUAAAACCUUUUACACUGAGGGGUGGAGAGCAGGAGGCCAAGUCUCACUUUCAGUAUCCCACUGUGUGAGAGAUGCACAGUCUAGGUCUGUCUGUAAAAGAAGGCUUCACCACUCCUACAACAGUAAAGUAGGAUCUUUUCUUUAGAAUGUACUUUUCAACCCUAUUUUCCCAAAUGAGGAAGAGAACAAAGUACAAGCGAGCCACCGGACCCAUGGUUAAGGUUUUGCCAUUUCUAAUAUUCUUCUUUAAACACUUUUCUACCAUUGGCUGACUCCUCACAUCUGGAAAAAAUGGGGGAGAGAAAGUAUGUGUGAGAAAGUUGUACUAGGAAACAGUAGGGCUAUCCAGAGUCAUGGCUUGAAGCUGUUACAAAUAAAGCUGAUAUGAGGACCAAAAGGGUUAAUGGGAUGUAGGGGAACCUGGACAUUUAUGUGAUAAAAUGCCUGGCUAGUAAUCUGUAUUUUUUCAUACUUAAUACCUAAAAGUAUUUGGUCUCUUGAAAGAGACAUUACCCCAUACAGUGUCACCAAGCUAACAGUACUUGGAGGCAUAAUUGGGAUAGGAAUGUGUUUUAGAAAACUUGUAUCUAUUUACCUCAGCAUACUUUGUAUUAUGACUUUUUAAUAAAAGUUUGUCCAUCU